GGAAGGUCUUGCUGCAGUAUUUGGUAAUGGUUUAUCAACAGCAUGCGUUGUGAAUAUUGGUGCUCAGGUGACAUCGGUAGUUUGUGUUGAGGAUGGAGUAGCUCUUCCUAUGACACAAAUCAAUCUACGUUAUGGUGGAGAGGAUAUAUCAAGAUGCCUUCUGUGGACUCAGAGGCAUCACCAAACAUGGCCGCCGAUUAGAACUGAUGCUCUUGCUAAGCCUGUAGAUUUGCUAAUGCUGAACAAACUUAGAGAGUCCUAUUGUGUUAUCAGAGAGGGUGAAGUUGAAGCAGUUACCCAGGUUCAUUCAUAUGAAGAUGGGAUGGUACCUGGAUCUCACAAGACAAGGCUAACUGCUCUUAAUGUACCCCCAAUGGGUUUAUUCUAUCCAACACUUUUAGUUCCGGAUGUAUAUCCGCCCCCGCCUCGUUCUUGGUUUAAUGACUAUGAUGAUAUGCUUGAAGAUGCCUGUCAAAUUGAUCUUCCAGGGACUGGUGCAUUUCCCAUGUGGGAGAGUUAUCCCGUUUUCCGAUCGAAGCCAAAGAGGGAAGACAGUAUCGGUCUUGCAGAAGCUAUCACAAAAAGCAUUCUUUCAACAGGGCGAAUAGAACUUCAGAGAAAGCUGUUUUGUAGCAUGCAACUGAUUGGUGGAGUUGCAUUGAUUGAUGGCCUCAUUCCUGCAGUUGAGGAAAGAGUUUUACAUGCCAUUCCUUCCCAUGAAGCAAUUGACACAGUAGAGGUUACCUCAUUCUUAUACGUCUUUCCCACGUUCAUCCGCUUUUCAUUGUUUCAUCAUCAUCACCAUCUUCAUCAUCAUCAGGUAUUGCAAUCAAGAACAAAUCCGGCUUUCGUACCAUGGAAAGGAGGAGCAAUACUGGGGAUUCUGGAUUUCACACGAGACGGAUGGAUUCACAGGGAGGACUGGAUCCGGAACGGAAUCCACAUCGGGAGUGGGAGGAAAUACAAGGAUUCUUAUUAUAUUCAGGCACACUCUUUGGCGUUCAUCAACUCCUCAUAGCCUUUCCACUACCCCCAACCCAGUAAGAACAAGUUGUCCAUUUGUGUUAGUAACUAAUCUAUGCUUAUAACAUGAAAACACAAUUUGCAUAUGUACCACCUUAAAACCCAGGUGUCUAAGGUUUGUCUUUUUU